UCUCACAAGCUGCUCUUCACGUCUGUCUGACUGCAGUAUAUUCAUUUCUUCUUUCCAAAUUCCAAACACCGAGAAAAACAAAAAUCCAAAAUAGAAAUAUAAGAUCUUCCUCUCUCUCUCAACUCAACUCGCCUGCGUUCGAACUUCGAAAUGCAAGCGUAGAGCGUAGUACUUGUCAAGGCUAGGGUUGUUCCUAGUGGCUGAUUUUUUUUUUGAAGUACAAGAAUGCCGUUGACAAGGUAUCAGAUAAGGAAUGAGUUCAGUUUGGCGGAUCCGGAGGUGUACAAAACUGCAGAUAGAGAUGAUCCUGAAGCACUUCUUGAAGGAGUCGCAAUGGCUGGUCUGGUCGGUGUCUUGCGCCAGCUGGGCGACCUUGCCGAGUUUGCUGCUGAGAUAUUCCAUGACUUGCACGAAGAGGUAAUGGCAACUGCUGCAAGAGGGCAUGGGCUGAUGGUUCGUGUCCAACAGCUUGAGGUUGAAUUCCCUUCCAUUGAGAAGGCUUUUCUUUCCCAAACUAACCAUUCAUCAUUCUAUACUAGUACAGGAGUUGAAUGGCAGCCGAAUCUGCGUAUGGAACAGAAUCUGAUAACUCAUGGCGACUUACCUCGUUGUGUAAUGGACUCUUAUGAAGAAUGUCGUGGUCCACCACGGUUGUUUCUUCUAGACAAAUUUGAUGUUGCGGGGGCUGGGGCAUGUUUGAAGCGUUACACUGAUCCAUCAUUCUUAAAACUUGAAGCAGCAGUGGGAGUCCAGAGGGAAAAGAAAAUUCGCAAACUGAAGCAGAAGAAAGGAUCACGCUGGAGGAACUGUGAAUCUCCAGAAUUAGUGUCUACUUCACAUGCCAAACUGCAUCAAUUGUUUCUGGAGGAGAAGGUUGAGAAGGGCCACAGCAAUCCUGCACGUCUUGUGAAAUUGAAAAAGAGGCAAUUAAAUGCAUCUCUUUUGGAUGCAAAAUCCAGGAAAAGUUACAUGGAGAAAUUUUUGGAGACUUCUGAACACAAUGUUGUUAAUGAGACUUCUUCUUCUCCACUGGCCUUGAAACCGACAUCAGAUAAUUCUAGUGAAUCGGGCCUUGAAAUACAUGAUAUAAGUACAGUGAGUCCUGUGAAAAAAUCAACUCAAGGAAAGGAAAAUACACGUAAUUCACAGGAAGUAGUACGAAAACCAUCUUUGGAUGAGUUGUAUGGAGAUGCCAUUUAUAGACAAAUUGUGAAGACAUCUGAACUGAGUGCUGAUGAUAAGACAGAAGCAAUUUCUUCUGUUCCUCAAAAAGUGAUGAUCGAAAAGGAAAUAGCAGUUGAUAGAGAAGGCAAAAUGAAUGGAAGUGUAGAUGGGGAUACUUCUGAUGAUAUCAACAGUGAGGUUGACAAUUACAUGGAUGCUCUUACUACCAUGGAGUCAGAAAUGGAAACAGACAAUGACAAUAGACCUAAAACUGGUAUGGGCUUUUGGAAUGUUGAAAAACGGGGGAUGGAUUCUGGUAAAACUGAGGAACGGCUGAAUUUCCAAGCUCAUUUCUCAGAUAAUCAGUCAAUUGGAAACUUUUCUGCAUCAGAUGAUGGGAACAGUUCAUUCAAGAAGGGAAGAUUUAGCUUUUCUAACUCUGAUGCUUUAAGCAAUUUGGCUGAAAAUACGCUAUCCGAUGGUGAAGGGUCAGCUAAACUGUUUCCUUCUUCUAAAGCUUUUGCGGCUGAAAUAGUGGAGACUCCAUCAUCUCAUGAUCUCAUGUUAUCAAAUGAUACAAGUGUUGAUGAAGAUAACAUCUGUGAUCUUGGAGACGCAGCUUCUAGUUCCUGUCUUGUGAAUUCCAAACCUUCCCUUCUGCAGUUUGAUCCUGCAGCAAGUUCACAGCUACACAAAUUAGGUGAAACACUGUCUGAAUGUACUAAACCUGGUUCUGAAUCAUCAUAUGCUGAAGAAUGCGAGACAUAUUUGGUUGAUUCUUCAGCAGCUGUCUCUGAUAUGUCUUCACAGACAAGGGAUGGUGUUGUCUCUACUUUUUGUGCUGAGAGCCAUCCUGUAGAUAAUUUGGAUGGUGGAGAUCCAGAUGUCUCUUCUGAUUCUGUUUUGCAUUCAUCAUACAAUGCAGGUCUGGCUUAUGAAGAGAAAAGCAGUAAUGAUUCUGCAGAUGACAGUUGUCCUGAAAAGUUGGUCAAUAUUAGAGUUGAUUCACCUAAGUCAGUUAACUCUCCUAGAGAGGAACAGGACACUCUCUCAACCAUGCAAGAAGUAGAAUUAUGUUCUGAUUCUGCAUCAUGGCCUGCCAGUUCAAAUGUUGUGAAGCCUGAUGAUUUAGUUUCUGAAGUUAAUGAUGCAUUCCCAGAAAGUGGAGCCUCCCCAGAAGCUUCAACUUCCAUGGCUGAUGCUCCACAGGAUUCUAGCUCCAAGGAACAGCAAGCAUCAAAUAUUGAGUAUAAUACGCCCAGUAUUGAGAUUAACUCAACAGAAAAGGCAGCUCUUUAUUCUGAGGAAUCAAAUCUGGAAGAUAUUUGUAGCACUGCAAACACUGAGAAAGUAGGUGUAUUAUCAUGUGAGGCUGAUUAUAUUAAAGGAGAUGAGGUCCUUAAACUCCCAUCUAAGUGGACAGAUUCUUCUGCCCUUGAGGAUGAUGACGGCUUAGAAGAUGUAGUAGCUGAAAGUGUUCAAGCAGAAUACAUGGUUGCUCUGUAUUCUGAGGAAUCAAAUCUGGAAGAUAUUUGUAGCACUGCAAACACUGAGAACGUAGGUGUAUUAUCAUGUGAGGCUGAUUAUAUUAAAGGAGAUGAGGUCCUUAAACUCCCAUCUAAGUGGACAGAUUCUUCUGCCCUUGAGGAUGAUGACGGCUUAGAAGAUGUAGUAGCUGAAAGUGUUCAAGCAGAAUACAUGGUUGCGCCUACUGUUACUGUUGAUGAUGUGCCUACCACCACAAGUGCUCAUGAUAAUGUUGAUAAUAUUGUUUUUCUGCAACAAGAUUCAAUUUGUUCUCCAUUUAGUAAUCUUGAAAAUUUGCCAGAAUCUCCUUUUGGUACUGAGGAUCCAGGUCAGAAAGGAUUGGAAUUUAAUGAGCCAAUUUCUCCAGCAUGUGUUGAAGGAUCAGAGGCAGAAAAGGAAAUGAAUCAACUGGAUGUUGAGCCUGAAGCUUUUGACUCAACAUCCUGCAAGUUGGCCUCUGAUGACGAUUCUUAUUUGAAAGUGAUUGAUGAUGGUUCAUCUUUAGCUGAUUGCACCCAAAAUAGAAUGCUAGAAGGUGAUGCAAUUAUUGCGCAAGCAUCUUCAGCCCUACAUGACCAAGAUCUGGAAUGUCUCCAUCAGAAUAAUCUUCAAGAAGAUGCUGAAUGUGCCACAUCUUCACCUGCUGAUCACCUCUCAGAUCCAGAAAUUUUUCAACAGUCUCCGGCUCUGCAAGCUGAUCAAUUUGAUGUGGAAUUGUCAAAAGAAGAAGAAGCAAGUUUUAUUUCACUUCAACAUCUGUCUGAAGUAAUACAUUCUUCAAAUCUCACAGAUCAUGAAAGACUCUUUAAUGAUGCUUCUGAAUCUUGUCAGGAAGAACUGCCAAACAAGUCAUCGCCUUCUGAAGAUUUAGCACAAUCAACUUGCCAGGAAAUCAACAGUGUUGAACAAACAAUGGAUCCAUCAGGUUCUGUCUCUCCAAGCUCUGGCCUUCUCCAUGAGGCAAAUCAAGUAAAUAUGGAGGAGUUGCCACCCUUGCCACCUCUACCACCAAUGCAAUGGAGGUUAGGGAAGAUUCUAGAUGCUCCACUAAUUUCACUGCAAGAAUCCAUUGGUCAUAGUAACAAAGCAUUCCCAUUGGUUCUGCCUUUUAAAGAUGAUGAGAAAGCUCAGUUUGAUUUUCCAGAUCAACAGAGAGGCCUUGUGCUGUCUGGGAACCCAUUUCUGCCCCUCACUGCUGGUGCAGUUGAGUUACAUGUGUCUGAACAUGAAGUGGGUGAUACGGGGCAGCCUACUAUUUCAAUGCAAAUGUCAAGUAAGAUUAAUGAUGAAAAUAAUGAACAGAACAGUGUUGCUUUAGAGGGAAACCACUUCCUGAACCCAUUCUUAACAUCAGCUGCAUUACCUAUUGAGGAGCGUGAACAUGGUGUCCUUGCUUCAGGGGGCCAAGUAGUUCAUGCAAGUUCAAAGGCAUUCUUAUCAGAACCAGCUGGAACACACACAGCUUCUGAUAAUGAACCUGUAUUUUCUCAGGGGAAACUAAUCCACUCUCAUAAUCAAUUGAUACCAGAUACAGUCUUAGAGCACAACACACUUCAAUCCACAUCACAAAACUCAGAAGUUGGACAUGAUAAUAGUUCUUGUACGUUGGUGCUGCCACUAAGAAAGGUUGAAGAGCAGCCUCAGCAUUGUUUGCCAACUUCAGAGGGAGAAUCAGCUUGGCCAUCUAAUCCAUUUGUUCUCUUGCCAACAUCUGAAGUUGAAAAUCCAAAUGGAAGUUCGGUAGUUAAGCUUCCCCGUCCCAGGAAUCCUCUAAUUGAUGACGUCGUUGCUCUUGACAAAAGCAAGUUAAGGAAGGUAACAGAGCGGGUUCGGACACAAAAUGGACCAAAAUUAGAUGAAAGAGACUCUUUGCUAGAACAGAUACGAACCAAGUCCUUCAACUUGAAGCCUGCUGUGUUGUCAAGACCGAGCAUUCAGUUUCCUAAGACUAAUUUAAAGGUUGCUGCCAUCUUGGAGAAAGCAAAUGCGAUUCGCCAGGCCACGGCUGGAAGCGACGAAGAUGAUGAUGAUAGUUGGAGUGAUUCUUGAAAGAUUCUACCUUAGAAAGCGCUUCAGGAAUUGGUUGGGAACAUUUUUCUCUCCCUCAUAUAGUAAAUAGGAAUUUCUGUGGUCUGGUGGCUUCUUUUUUUCUCUACACUAAAUAUAUGUAUUAUGAUCCCCCUUCCUUCCCCAAUCUCUUACACAUCAUGAUAUAUAUGGCAAUACACGGAUCUGUUACAACUACAAAAGGCUGGCAUGAAAUGUCAGGUGCGUUACAAGAAUGAGCUUCAGGGCGCAGCUUGAAAGCGCUGUACCAAUUAUUAAAUUUUAUGUUGUUAUCUUAUGAUCUUGGAAGGUGUAAAUUGUGUCAAGUGGUAUAGAUUUUGAUUAGCAGUAUAUGUUGAAAUUUUUUAUUCUUGUAUGCAAUGUUCUGAAUAUGCAUAAUUUCUGGCCUUUUCCAUGCAGAUUCUAGCCCUUAUGACUGGCUGGCACUUUGUAUGUAAUACAAUUGUAAUAGUAGUUAUGGUUUCCUUCAGAAAUCCAAAAUUGUUAGCACAGUUGAUUUUGCUUCU